GAUGGCGUCCGAAUCCCUAUGAAUAAGCAAAAAAAGAAGAGGAAGAAAGGAUGCUGGGUGGUUCGUCGCACAGGGACAACAACUCAACUGAGCUUUAUGUAAAAUAUAGGUGAUGAUACUGUUUUAAACAUGUGCGCAGCUUAUAGCUUUCGUGAGAUUGGCCAUAGGAGACGUCUAUAGAUUUGGGAAAUUAGGGCUAAGGGCUACGGUGUAUAUCGGCGUUGAUUUGUUGUUGGCCACAGCUGUUUUCCGCCUCCGCCUCCCUGGCCAUCCGACGCAGGGACGGCGAGACGGAAGAGGGCAGAGGGAGAGGCACGGGCGAUGGCUGCGGGGGGAGGAUGCGGCGAAUCGGUGGACCAGUACCGGGCAGAGGUGGAGCGCCUCACCCGAGAGCUCGCAGAGGCGAACCGUGAGAAGAUCCGUGCGGCGGAGUGCGGUCUGGUAGUGCUGGAGGAAAACCAGACCCUGAAACAGCAAUACUCGGACCUUGAAGCUGAACAGGAGACGCUGAGGCAGGAGUUGGAGCAGUUGCAAGAGGCCUUCAGCCAGGCGUACAGCACCCAGCGUAAGGUGGCAGAGGAUGGCGAGAGCAACGAGGAGACGCUGCUGCAGGAGUCGGCCAGUAAGGAGGCCUACUACAUGGGCCGGCUGCUGGACAUGCAGGCCGAGCUCAAGCUCAACCGCUCCCUUACCUCCAACACCACGGCCGAGAACGAGAGGCUGGGCGCCCUCCUACAGGAAGUACGGGAGGGUAAUGAGAUGCUGGAGUUGCAGAGAGGUCGUAUGAGGGAGGAGAUUCGGGAGUACAAGUUCCGGGAGGCGCGGCUGCUGCAGGACUACACGGAGCUGGAGGAGGAGAACAUCACCCUGCAGAAACUAGUCUCCUCGCUCAAGCAGAGCCAGGUGGAGUACGAGGGCCUGAAGCACGAGAUCAAGGUCCUGGAGGAGGAGACUGCGCUGCUCAACAGCCAAUUGGAGGACGCCCUGCGCUUGAAGGACAUCGCCGAGAGCCAACUGGAGGAGGCGCUGGACGCCCUGAAGAUGGAGCGCGAGCAGAAGAACAGCCUGCGCAAGGAGCUGAAGCACCACCUCAGCCUGGUGGAAGGGGCUUUCGGACCGGGCAGCUCCUCGCACCUCUGCUCCCUGGCGGCCUCCACCUCCGCCUCCGCCGCAUCCUCAGCGCCACCUAGUGGUAACGCCACUCCUACUGCGGCCACCACGCCUGGCAGUGAAGAUGGCGGUGGGGUCAGUGGUGGUGGUGGGAAGUGCAGUAGCCAGCUCCUCCUCCAGGGGGCGACGGGGGUGCUGCUGUUGGCCAGGGCCAACGGGGAGCUGCGGCAGGCUGCCCCUGGGGGGGCGCGCAAGGCCGGAGGAGGAGGGGAGACGACGCCCCUCACGCCAGCAGCACCAGAUCUCUUCAGUGAGCUCAAUGUCACCGAGAUACACAAGCUCAAGCAACAGCUCCAGCAGGUGGAGCGUGAGAAGGCGGCGUUGUCCACCAGCCUGCAGGAGUGUGAGGCGCAGCUGCAGCAUGCGCAGACGGCCCUGUUUGAGCAGCACGACCGUGCGCGCCGCCUGCGCGAGCGCCUCAGCUCCCUGCGACGCCAGCGCAGCUCCAUCGACAAGAAGUCCAUCGACGAGGAGGAGGAGGUGCCCGGAUUAGGAGGAGAGGAGAUGCUGGAGGACAAGGAGGUGUUCUCCUACAUGCACAUGGAGGGACCCAGCGUGGAGGUGAUGAAGUGCAAGUACAAGGUGGCGGUAACUGAGGUGGUGGGCCUGAAGGCAGAGCUCAAGGAGCUGAAGGAGCGCUACAAUCAGCGGGUGGAAGGGGAGGCCGAGGUACGCGGUGACAACCAGAUGCAGCAGCAGGCCCUUGAGGAGAAGGUGUGUCGCCUGGAGCGCAGCUGCCGCGAGGGCAAGGAGAAGGCGGCGGCACUGGAGGCUGAGCUGCGGAAGGCGAGCGGGCUAGCCGGGGACAGCCAGGCGCUCCUCAACACCGCCCAGGACGAGCUGGUCAUCUUCAGCGAGGAGCUGGCCCAGCUCUACCACCACGUCUGCCUGUGCAACAACGAGACGCCCAACCGCGUCAUGCUGGACUACUUUAAGCAGAGCCGAUCGCCGUCUAGAGGUGGGGGUGGGGGAGGAGGUGGUGGGUUGAAGGUGCCGCAGGAGGAGCAUCGGGCAUUGCUCACCCCGCGUCUGGCACGCCGCUUGGCUGCUAUCAACGCGUCACAUUCGUCACACUCCUCGGGCGAGUCGAGGAGCCCGUCGGACUCGCCAUCCAAAGAGCCGCAUACGUCGCCGGCGGCUGCCGCUGGCUCCGCCUCCGCGGGGGGCGAGUCCAGCCCAGCCCGCACCACCACCCCCAGUGCCUCUUCCUCUUCCUCCUCUUCCUCCCCGGCCCCGGAUACCCCCGUCGCAGGCGGCAGCGGUAGCAGUCCUGGAGGUGGAGGGUCGGACCUGCGUCGCGAGCCCAUGAACAUCUGCCACCUGAACGCCAUCAUCCGGGAUCAGAUCCAGCACCUGCAGAGGGCCGUGGACCGCUCGCUGCAGCUGUCGAGGCAGAGGGCGGCGGCCCGCGAGCUGGCCCCGCUCCUUGACAAAGACAAGGAGACCUGUCUGGAGGAACUGCUCAAGCUCAAAUCACUGCUGAGCACCAAGAGAGAGCAGAUAGCCACGCUCCGACUGGUCCUCAAGGCCAACAAACAGACUGCAGAGGUGGCCCUGGCCAACCUGAAGAGCAAGUACGAGAACGAGAAGACCAUGGUGACAGAGACCAUGAUGAAGCUACGCAACGAGCUCAAGGCCCUCAAAGAGGACGCCGCCACCUUCUCCUCCCUCAGGGCCAUGUUCGCCACCAGGUGUGACGAGUACGUGACCCAGCUGGACGAGAUGCAGCGUCAGCUGGCGGCCGCCGAGGACGAGAAGAAGACGCUCAACUCGCUCCUCCGCAUGGCCAUCCAGCAGAAGCUGGCCCUCACCCAGCGCCUGGAGGACCUGGAGUUCGACCACGAGCAGACCCACCGCAGCAGCCGAUCCUCGGGCAAGGCCUCCCGCCUAAGGAGCACCGCACCCAAAGUAAGUGGCAUCACCACCUCCACCACCACCACCACCAUGGCCUCGGUCGAGGGGCUUGCAAGCUUGGCCAGCUCGCCCCCUGGCUCCCCGGCGUCAGCUGCCACAGCGUUGGGCAUUGGUGUUGGCAUAACCGCGAGUCUCCUCCCCUCCCCCACCUCCUCUGCCGCCUCCGCCAGUGCCGCUUUCUUGGCGGCCUUUCGCGGAGCGCCCCUCCCACAUCCGCCGCUGCCAUCAUCCUCAUCUAGGCCCUUUCCUCCAUCACCAGCCGCCCCGUCGGCCCCCAAUAGCCCGCCCCCCUCCCUCGAGGCGCCCUCGUCGCCGGCUGCCUCAGCGUCAGGCUCAUGGACCCCACCGUCCACACCGCCGUUGCGGCUCAGCCAUUCGCACUUCACCCUGGGCGUGCGAGCGUACGUGGUGGAGCCUCGCUCACUGGGCACCCAGCUCCCCCACCACCUGGGUCGGGCAUCCGCCUUGGCUCGCCGCUACGCUGCGGAUUCCCACUCGGCCGCGACCUCAGCCUCCCCUUUUUCCCACACGCCCGGCUCCCUGCCUUCCUCCCCCUACCGCACCGCUGCCUCCUCGGCUUCGUCUGUGCUGGAGAGCCAUCGCUCCUCCUCCUCCUCCAUCGUGUGGGGCGCCCACCGCUCCCGUCCGCACCCCCUCAUUAACCUUUCCCGCGCCUCCCCUUCCCCUUCCUCCCCCUCCUCCUCUUCUUACUUCUCUUCCUCUGCCUCCUCCUCCUCGCGCUACACACACUCGAGCGGCUACAGCCAGCUGUACUCCAGAAACUAUUCGCCCCACUACCACCGCUACUGACCGAGGCCGACUGAGGCUGAGGGUUGACUUUGAGAGGAGGACUGACUGGUUUCCUGGUGUUACUGUCCUGUUAAGUGUGCGUUUUCUUUGUGAUAAUAAUGCGCCUCUUACUGUAAGAUUGUACGAAUGUAAUAAUAGUGACUUUUGCUAGUUUUAUUUUUUGUGUUUAUUGAUUUUUCUUUCCUUGACUUUUUCGUUUCCUUUGCUCAGGGAUUUUUUGUAUUUGUAAAGGAGCACUGGUGGCCCUGCCUUCCCCUUCAAAUGACUGUUGAACGGUCUCCUUGACGACACUGUGUACCGCUGCUGAGUCAUUCUUUCA